GGUGUGAGAAAUGCAGGUCAUGCUCCCUGUCUGUGUCCUGGUCUUGCUCCUGCUGGACUCAGGUCUCGCAGCACCGACACCUAUUCUGGAGGAAGAGAACACGCCUUCAGCUGAACCAUGGUCUGACUUGAAGCUGGCCACAGACUACCUCCAUCAGUACUACAACCUGAAAACAGAUCCUUUGGGACGCAUGAAGAGGAGRGGAUUCUCCUUCUCCUCCAAAGUGAAAGACAUGCAGACUUUCUUUGGGCUCAGUGCAACAGGAGUGUUGGACCCCGACACCCUGCAGGUGAUGAGGAGUCCUCGAUGUGGCGUCCCAGACGUGGAGGACUACAGUCACAUCCAGGGCACGCGCUGGAAUAAAAACGUCUUGACUUACAGCAUUGGCAGAUACACCAGAGAUUUGCCUCACAGCACUGUGGAGUCAUUACUGGAGUCAGCUUUCAACGUUUGGGCCAGAGCCAGUGGCCUGACGUUUGUCCGGUUACACACCAACAGUGCUGACAUCAGGGUGGAGUUUGUCACCAAUGCGCACGGUGACUUUUAUCCAUUUGACGGCCCCAGAGGCACUCUGGCUCAUGCUUUCGGUCCAGGGUUGGGUGCCGGAGGGGACACACACUUUGAUGAUGAUGAGUUCUGGACGGCAGGCGGGGGAACAGGUUUUAACCUGUUUGUGGUAGCAGCUCAUGAGUUUGGCCACGCUUUAGGCCUCAAGCACUCCAGAAAUCCGGAGUCAGUAAUGUAUCCAACCUACAAAAUGUCUCGUCCUUCAAACCUGCUGUCCAGAGAAGAUGUGGCCAGUAUCAGUGCACUUUACCGUCCUCUCAGAGCUGCUACCAAUUAUGGUUUGAGGAGCUUUCCUUGGCUGUCCCGACCAAUGUUUCCUCAACACGUGAAAGACAGAUGUGCACCAGACCUGAUGUUUGAUGCAAUAUCAACCCUGGGGGAUGCUACCUUCUUUUUCAGAGACAGAUAUCUUUGGAUGAAACACAACGAGCAGCCAGACAUCAAAGAAGGUCCCAUCAGCAACUUUAUGCCUAAGAUUGAAACCAGUAUCGACGCCGCCUUCUGGAUACCCCGCAGAUCAACAGCUUACCUUAUUCAUGGAUCCACAUUCUGGACAGUGAAGGGCUCCGUUAUCAAAGGAAAGCCAAGAGAACUCAGCUUCUUUGGAUUUCCAGCUUGGGUGCAGGCUGUUGAUGCUGCGGUGCACAUCGUCAGAACGGGCCGUACCCUCUUCUUCAUGCAGAAUAUGUACUGGAGUUACAAUGAAAACCGGAAGGUGAUGGACUUCGGUUACCCAAAGUACAUCAGRGAGGACUUCCCUGGAGUCAACGCCACGAUAAACGCAGCUUUUUAUAAACAAAACCUCAUCUACUUCUUCAUGGGACAUCAGGUCUUCAAAUUCGACUACACCCUCAAACAUAUUGUCGGGGUUGAGGCAGCUAAUUCCUGGCUCGGCUGCUGACAUGACUUUAUGAAUCACG